CCACAGCACGAGAGGGAAAAUUCUUCGCAAUCAAGCGCGCAGCGUGCGAUCGCCUGUCAACUCUAGCCAACGAUAACGCGCAUCCAGCGUGGCUCCUAUAUAACCCUGAUGCUACCUACCAUGCGUGUUCUCACUCAGUUCUUGGAGUCGGAGAGACCCCAACACCUCGACGAGCGAACCGAGAUCACUCCGCACACCUCGACGAGCGAACCGAGAUCACUCCGCCAUGGCCGACGAGCUGCCCCCCGGGUUCCGCUUCUACCCCACGGAGGAGGAGCUCCUCUGCUUCUACCUCCGGAACAAGCUCGACGGCGUCCGCCAAGGCGACAUCGAGCGCGUCAUCCCCGUCGCCGACGUCUGCGCCCUCGAUCCAUGGCAGCUCCCAGAGGCGCACCGCGGCGCGUUCUCCGGGGCCGCGGAGCCGUGGUUCUACUUCUGCCCGCGGCAGGAGCGCGAGGCCCGGGGCGGCCGGCCGAACCGGACCACGCCGUCGGGGUACUGGAAGGCGGCGGGCACCCCGGGGCUGGUCUACGCCGCCGACGGCCGCUCCAUCGGGACCAAGAAGACCAUGGUGUUCUACCGCGGCCGCGCGCCGGCCGGGGCCAAGACCAAGUGGAAGCUCAACGAGUACAAGGCUCUAGAGGUCGAAGACGAGGACGCCGCCGGCGUUCCGGCGCCGAGCCAUGCCUUCCAGACGAGGGGCGAGUUCACCCUGUGCCGGCUCUACACCGAAUCCGGGUGCCCGCGGCAGUUCGACCGCCGGCCGAGCGCCGCAGCCGCGGCCGGCGGUGGCAGCGAGAACCGGAUAGCUGCGGCUGCGUUGGCUAACGGGGAGGAAAUGGGUCGGAAGAGGAAAAGGGCUGCGCCAAGCGACGGCGACGGCUCGACGCAGCAACUACUUGGACAGAGAGGCACCGAUGAGGGGCUCAACGACGACAUGGCCUACUGGUCAGAGAUCCUGGAAUACGACUGGCUUUGAUAUAUACUUGAAAUUCAUUUCGGUGGGGAGAUCAUGAAAAGGAAAAAAACACUGAAUGGGCUCGUUUCAGUAGUUUUAAUUUGGAGUUUUCUUCAGUUUAGAACGACACUAUGAUUUUUUAAAUUCUUUUGCCUACUGCAAAAUAAAUUCGAAGCAGUAGGUGGCUAAUUUUAGGAUAUACAUAAAUGUAUAUGCAAUUCAUUUGUGUAUUCAGCGACAAAGCUAGAGCAAAUUGUAGGGAGUGUGGUUGCAUAGAGUUGAGUUAUCGAGGGUGCAAAUAUGAUGAAAAUUUGGAUAUAAUUAAGCACUGUUUUUCCAUUUUACAGGGGUGCAUUUGCACCCCCCUAAUCACUA